ACACAGCUGCAUCUAAACACACUCCACACCUUACAACAUCCUCCCACCACAGGCCAUUCAGGCAAUUUCAGAGGGUUCUAAACUGACGCUUGGUCUCUUAUAUAAUAAUUCUAAUUAGAAAACAUUUUUCUCCUCUGAUCAGAUCUACCACAACUAACCCAAAGUAGGGUUUUUCAUUGUUUAAAACAAGAGAUCCUGUGGAUGAGGCUCAGUUCUGCAAAAGCCACCUGCAUUUCACCAGGGAAGCCUCUGGAACAGCGCGAGAAGGGCUGCACCCAGCAGGUCAAGCAUUCCGAGGGCACUCCCAGCUGCAGAAUCCACCACAGUGACCAAGAUUCAGGAGACAAAUGACCCAUAAAACCCCAGCAAGCCUUUCCAGAAGUCAAUGAACAGAGGGCCUAGAAUAGCCAAAACGAUUUCAAGAAAUGAGAACAAUCAGAGGACUGACUACCCAACUCCAAAGCUCAUCCAGGCUUCACUGCAAAGUGGCAGUGACGUGGGCAUGGGCACACUGCCAGCCCCGCAGCCCGGGGAGUCCGGCUCAGCCACACGCAUGCCGUCCGCAGAUGUCCACAGGUGCAGAGGCAAGCCAGAGAGAAAGGACUGCCUCUUCCACAAGUGGAGCUGGAGCAACUGGUGAUCCCUGUGCAAAUUAAAAUGCACUUUGGUCUAUACUGCACACUAUAUACAAAACUAACUCAAAAUAGAGGACAGUCCUAAUUAUGAAACUAAAACAAACUUCUAGAAGAACACCAAAAGAAGAUCUCUGUGACCUGGGGUUAGGUGAAGAUUUCUUAGAAAUGGCAACAAAACAUGGCCUAUAGUGGAAAAAAUGGAUGAACUGGACUUCAUCAAAACGUUCGAAACUCUGCUCUCAGAAGAUACCCUUAAGACAAUGAGAAGACAAGCCACAGAGUAGGAGACAUGCCUGAGAAAGGACUUGUCUCUGAGAUACACAAAGGAAUCUUAAAACUCAGCAGUGAGAAAAAAAUUCCAUGUGAAAAGACGGGCAGAAUAUUUGAAGCAGCAAUAUUCAGAGAAAACUGCAUGCAGGCAAGCACACGGAGAGGCGGCUGCCAUGGCGCCCUCAGGGAAGUGCCCACAAACACACGGAGAGGCGGCCGCCUUGGUGCCAUCAGGGACGUGCAACAGACAAGCACACGGAGAGGCGGCCGCGUGGGCGCCCCCAGGGAAGUGCCGACAAGUACAGGGAGAGGCGGCUGCCGUGGUGUCCCCAGGGAAGUGCGGACAGACACAUGGAGAGGCGCGGAUGGCGCCCCCAGGGAAGUGCUGACAAGUACACGGAGAGGGGCUGCCAUGGCCCCUCAGGGAAGUGCCGACAAACACACAGAGAGGCGGCUGCGUGGGCGCCCUCAGGGAAGCGCGGACAGACACACGGAGAGGCGGCCGCCAUGGCGUCCUCAUGGAAGUGCGGACAGACAAGCACACGGGGAGGCGGCUGCCAUGGCGCCCUCAGGGAAGUGCCCACAGACAAGCACACGGAGAGGAAGCAGCAUUGCUGCCGUCAGAGAAGUGCCGAUAGACAAACACAUGGAGAGGCGCCGCCAUGGCGCCCUCAGGGAAGUGCGGACAAGUACACGGAGAGGCGGCCGUGAUGGCGCCCUCAGGGAAGUGCGGACAGACAAGCACAGGGAGAGGUGGUCGCCAUGGCACCCUCAGGGAAGUGCGGAGGGAAACCACAGCGAGACCCUGCGCACCCUCCAGGGAGCACAGACAAUCAAAUAACGAACUGCCAGCACCUCGAGCUGAGCAGCCGCCGGGUGGGGGGCGUCCUCAUCCACAGCCGGCGGAGCAGCAUGGCAGAGCCACUGUGGACAGCUUCUGUCACAGCCAAAGAAGGCCCAGCAGUCACGUUCCUGGGUCCUUGCUCAAGAGAAAUGAAAACGGAGGCUCACACAUAAAUGCAAAUGUUUACCACUGUUCUGCUCGUCAUCAAACCCCAAACAAUCCAAUGCCCUUCAGUGGUUAGACCACAGUGCUGUGAUGCGUGCGCACGUGGACGGCACCCCACCCCUGAGAACAAGCCCAGGAUAGGCACCCCACGCGGUGGGUGCCGAGUGGCCAGGCUUGGAGCCAGACAUGCAGGUGCCGCUGGGUGGUUCCCAAACCCCAAGGCGGAUGCUGUGUUUAAACAGCACCUGAGGGUUCCCACACACUUUUCAGGCGUGUCCUGAAGACACAACAGACACCAUCAGGAACCACACUGUGCCAGAGGAGAAGAAAUCCCACUCAGAAACACACCGAGCGCUCGGGGUCCCACAGCUCAGACCCCCACGCCUCAUGGGGUCCCAGGGAGGUGAGCGGAGGCCUCACGCUGUGGCCGGAGCGGGCUCUGGGGAGACAGAGCCCCAGGGCGGGGCCUGGACUGCUGAGGACAGCCAGGCAGGGCACAUUCCAGAACCGCAUGUCAUAGGGUGCUGCUGUUCAGCGGCAUCCCCCAGGGGGCGCUGGUGAGCCCGGCGAGCCGGAGAGGCCGUGAGCCACUCCAUGGCUUGGGGGUGCACAGUGUUGGGGGCAGGUUUAGCCCCUUGACGCGCUCAGCCUGGACACCCGCACCAUUCCCUGUGGUGCUGGAGGAGCCAGGCCACCCCAGGCAGCCCAGCAGUGCCUGGAACUGACAGUGCCCAUUGGGCCCUGUGGGGGUGUUGACUCUCUAGGGCCCUUGGGGCCUCUCUGUCAGUCCCGGACCAUCAAAGGCGCUCUCUCUUCUAUUCACACCCUGCCCAAGCUGACAUGCGGAUGCCAGGCCUGACUGCCAGCUUGGUGACCAGUGCUGGGGCACGCAGCCCUUUCUGACUGCCUCGGAGCCAGGCACCACCAGCAUGAGUCACUCGGCGGGGAGGGGGAUGGCUGAGGGGGCUCCCCCAUCAGAGGCGACAUUCAGAUCGGGACACCUGCUUUGCCUGUGCCCCGAGUGUCUUGGGGAAAGGGCGCCUGGGUCUCUGCUCCAUGCUGGUGGGGAGCUCUCCCCAGGAAACCCAGGUGCCCCUGCCUGGGGCAGUCCUAAGAGUUCUAGAACAGUGGUGCCUGCGUCUUCCCCAGAGACACUUAGUCUGGUUGCCUGGCUCUCCCGACACAGAGUGGGCCUGUUCUCCAGAUACCAGGGUGCUGGAGGAGCCUCCGAGUGCAGAGCUCGGCAUCUUCAUUGCCCAUGUGCUCCCCAGCCCCGCGCCCUGCCCGGAAGCCGACCCAGCCGGGCGCUGCCACUGCUCACACACGAUGCCCUGUGGGGCCUGGACUUAUUUCCCAAGCUCUGAGUCCCCUGGCCUCUUGGCCUGGCUCCGUCUCUCAGGGGACACUGGGACCCGGCCUGGGGCCUCCGGGAGCUGGGCUCAAGUCAGGAUAGCCCUCUGAGGACCGAGGCCUGUUCCUCCGGGGCGGAUGUCACAGGCACUCCUGGCUCGGGACUAUGCAUCCAGCACCCUUGUGAAUCAGGAAUGCCCUCCCAGGGUGACCUCUCUGAGGCGCAGGGGCCAGCGGGUGGGGUGACAGCUUGCUGCUCGGGUUCCAGAGAAAGCUACCAGCUCCCCUGGGCUCUCUCGGCCUGCAGUUGCUGUGGCUGGAGUGCCCUGUCCAGAGGCUGCCGCAGGUGGGAAGCUGGGGGCUGUGGAGGGGAAUCUCAGGGGAAACAGCCUCUCCCUGUACUUAGGCGAGUCCAACAGUGAGGGGCUGCGGCUCUCCUAGGGCACCAACCUCUGGGAUCUUCCAUUAGCUCCUGAGACCUGAGGAGGCUGAGAAGGAACCCCUAGCUGGUGGGUCCCGCGGGGGCAGUGGGGGCUUCUGGGGAGGCUCCUGCCUGGUAGGGACAUGGCCUCAGGGGAGCCCUGUCUGGCAUCGCCAUCGUGCACGUCAGCUCCGAGUUCUCACUGCUCCAGGAGGGUCCAGUGGUCCUGGUCCUGCAGGACCCAGCCUGGGGGCCCCCUGCCUCCCCCAAGCCCCAGCAGGAUACAGAGGACCUACAGCAAAGUUUCCUGGGGCCAGCUGUGGUUGGUGGCAAGCCCUCCAGGCCCUGCCCAUUCUCCCCUGGCAGGUGACUCCACCAGUAGCUGAGCACCUGGGGGCAGGUGAGGUGAUGUCUGGCCACUUGGGAGGGCUUCCCCCCUCAUCUCUGGAAACCGGAGCCCUUCCUGCACCCCACUCAGCUUAGCCGAUGGAUGACAAUGUCCACUGGGCCACGGCAGCUCAGGCCCUAGGGUGGGCUGAGAGCCGGGGCCCUCCCAUUGCUGCACCAGCUCUAACCCCAGGCAGGACCACCAUGAAGCCCCCACACAGCGGGUCGGUGGGGUGCCUGAGCUCCGGAGGUCUGGCUACUGAAGGUCCCACCCUACCUGAGGGGCCGCCUGUGAUCCGCCCACUGUUUCCCUCUGAGUGGGACACCCUAAGAUUCCUCCUAAUUUUGCGUUGCCACCAGCCUUUUUGUUUUCCUGGGAAGGGGUGGGGGUGGAGCAUGUGUGGUCACCGCCCUGUGGAUGUCACCAGGAAGAGGUGGCCCUUGGUGGGACGUGGACUUGGGGCCCAGAGGGACCCCGGGCAGAUGUGAGGGGCCCGACCUUCUCUAGGGGUCCUCAGGGGCUGGGCUGCCUCCAUCUGCCCUAGUCUCUGCCCUGGCAGGGCUUGGGUCUGUGCACCUGAGGUCAGUUUCUGGCCGUUUGGAAGUCACCCUCUCACAUGACCUGUGCUGCCUGGCCAGGCUCAUGGGGCAAAGUGGACAGCCAAGGCCACACCCACCACUGGCCGAGCACCACACAGUGCGCUGGGGAGAGCAGAAGAGAUAGGUGCUUGUCACCAUGCAGUGUACUGGGGAUUGCCGGUACUGCACCUGCAGGUCACAGGAGCCACAGGCCUUGACUGCGAGGCCACAGUGCCACAAGCUCAUGAACCCUCAGUCACAGACGCACCCACGGUCAAGGGACACCCCUGCCAGGGGCUCCACUCUGCAGAAGCCACUGUCAUCCUGCACUUCCAGGGGUGGCCACUAGAGGCUCCCCAAAGACAGAACUGGCCGGAGGGCUCCAGAGCUGCCAAGCACCAGCCCGGGACAGGGUGGCGCCCACAGUAAUGGAGGGACAGGGUUGGGUGUGGGGAAUGCAGCCCACCCUUCCCCGGGGCUGGGUACCACGGGGGAGGGGGAGGGGAGCAAUGCUGCCCUGAGGCUCCUGGCCCUUCCAGGGGAACUGACAACUGCUUUUCUGAGAUGGACAGACAGGAGGACAUCACACACAGCGCUCUGAGGACCUCACCUGCCCUGUGGUGGCUGCCCUCCAAACACGCAGUGACCUGGAUUCUCUCCAAACCUGGGUCUUGCUCCUGGGAGGUGGCUGGAUCGGCUUCCGUACUGGGAACAGUCUGCAGACUUUAGGACAAAGUGUCCUGCCAGCUCUCCAUGCUCGGGGUGACCACAGACCCCAGUGCUGGCUGGCCUGGGGGGUGUACCAGGCUCAGCAGUCCUCCCCAUUCGGGGUGACCACAGACCCCAGGGAGCCUGGCCCUGCUGUUCUCAGGCCCCCAAUGGCCCUGGUUUCCUCCUAACCUGCGUCCAGGUACCAGUCCCCCAAGCCAAGCCACCACCCAAUCUCCGCCUAGGUGUCUGCAGGAAAUAUCAGUGCAUUUACUUGGGAAAACACACCACACCCAGCACACAAGCGUGGGCCCUGGGGGAGGCUGGGGCUCCCAGCGAGCUGAGACCCCAGCCCAGCCCUCCUUCCUCUGCCUCAUCAGCUGGGUGCCCCCACCUGGGCUAGCUGGACCCACAGGGGGCCCAGUGAGCAAGGCUGGCAGACCCUUGCCCAGAGGCUGGUGGUGUUUGGUGCAGGUGGGGAGGCAGCGGCUGAGCCUGACCCCAGGGGUCCCGAGGCACCCAUGGCAUGGGCCCCUCCCCAGGCUCGAGGAGGUGCCAGAAGAUUCACUGUCCAUGGCCCUACUGGGCCCCACUCCCACCGCUUGUGGUCCGAUCCCGCUUGUGCACCUCAUGCCUCCAUUAAUUAAUAUUUUGAAGCUGCCAGUGCGUGCUCUUUGCAGGAGGGAGUCAUUGUCUGGGUUAACGGUAGUCUUCAACAAAAACCUGGCAUAUGGCUGCAAGAAAUUUGUUUAAGAUUUAACACAUAGUAACAUCAAAACAAACAAGCGCUGCCAUGGCAACGAGGACUAAACAAAGGCUCGCAGAUACCCCGAGCUGGCGCCACGCCGGUGGAGCCAUGGCAACCUGCCCCGAAAACAGAAAUCGGUGGACUUUUUCUCUGCAAGUCCUGUCAGAGUCAGCAGCUUUCUGCGGUACCUAAGGCCACUUCCUCGCGGUCCCCAGGCUCCUGAGGGAGGCAGAGGCUCCCACAAGUGACAGUGGGCAUCCCCCUCUCCAAAAUGCAAAACAAAAGCAAGCCAAUACCCCUCAGGCCUGCUGCCCACCACCCCUUGCUUUUCCUGGAGAUUAAAGGAAAAUCUCUAGUGUCGCCAGCCCCUCCUGGUGGCCCUGCCCCCCUCUGUCUUCCUGAGACAAGUGUGUGAGUUUAGGCCCCUUGCUCCUGCACACCUGGGAGGUCAGGACCCCGUGCCAGGAUCACAGGGAUGCCCCCGAGGGGAGUCCAGGCCGCAGGAGGAAAGGACAGUUUGGGGGUAGGAGAGAUGCGGAGGCAGUCCUGGGGGAAGCCCGGGGUCACAAGGGUCUGCGGCUGCAGGUGAAUUGGGAGGCGGGGAGGUCAGAAUCCCUCAGCCUCCCCUCAGGCCAGGGUCCCGGUCCUGGCCACCUGAGCUGCUGCCCACAGGACAAUCUGCCACACGGCUCCCACCCACGGUGCCCAGCCAGCCGACCAGGCUGCCCAGGACUGGGUCUCAGCCUCAACCCCUCCCUGGGCUCGGGCCACAGCUGUCUGCUCCCCCAGACCUUGACCCUCAUGGCCAGCCAAGGCUGGCACACCCCAAGGCUGGUCCCAGGUUCUGCACUGGGGAGGUGGCCGUGCUGGAGCAGGGGGCCAAGCUUUAGCCCCCAAGUGCCUGAGCAGCUCAAGCCCUGGCUCUGGGAACAGGCCCAGACCAGCUGGGGCUCCUCCGGCCUUCUGGGGCGCCAGCACCCCCACGAGCAGGCAGGGCUCCCAUCAUUCUCCAAAUGAGCCACAGCUGCCAAGCCCCAGUCACCACAGGGAGAGCUCUGCAUGUGUGUGCAGGUGUGUGCAGGCGUGUGUGUGCACGUGUGGCCAUGUGCACGCACACAUGUGCCAUAGUUUGAAGGCCACUUUCUGCAGAAGGAAUCAUACCUGGCACCAUACUUGGUGUGUCCGGGCAGUGCCAAGGCUGUGCGCAUCGGGCUGGCCCUGCAGGGCUGAUGGCCCCUGGAGAGGCUCUUCCCACCUCCCGCCCAGCCCUUCUAGGAGCUUCACCCACAAGCACUGUCUCCACACUGCUUUGCCCUGGGUCUGCUCCUGUGUAUCCCAGAGCACACAUUGGGCGGCACAGAGGGCACCCAGGGACUCGUCCCAGACGCGCCCACAUGCCCAGGCCUGCUGAGGAGCAGCUGCCAGGGCCCAGGAGCACGGGGCUGGGAUCCACGAAGGGGCUGGGUCCCCACCAAACAAGGACACCUGAGGGGGAGGAGGAGCACUGGGGGACACAUGGGCCCUGGUGGCCAAGGGGAGGAGCCAGCCCUGCCAAUGUCCACACAGGCUCCAGACACCAUGGCCGCUCUGCGAACCCCACCUGCCGCUGUAUGGGCUAAAUAUAGCCAACCCAGUUUCCCUCUCCUGGUCUGUGUGCCUGGGACACGUCCCUUGGCAAAGUGAAUUCUGGGCUCAGGACAAGGGCACUAUCUGUGCCAGAGGCUCUGGCCCCCGGCCUCCUGGGCACAGCGCAGGUCAGUGCCGCCUGCCCAUGGCUGUUGACCCACCAGAGCGGCCCUGGUCACCAGGACCUGCCAGCAGCUGGCUGGGGGUGUCUACACAAGCCUACACUGCAUAGCCCGCUGCUGCAGGAGGCUGCAGGUUUCCAGCAGGGAUGGCGGCCGGUCUGUCUUCCAGGCAGCAGCUGGCACGACAAGCCCUGUGGGUGAUAUGGGAGCCCCAGCAAGCCUGUGGGAGCUGCCUCUCGCCAAAGAGCCCACAAGUGGGGUCUGGACCUCUGAGUCAGGUGCCAGUCGCCUCAGCCAUAGUACCAUUGGGGGUGCGGCCCCGAGAGUCAGUCCACGAAGGAUCUGUGGCCGGGGGUGCAGCGUGUGGGGUGCAGCGUGUGGGGUGCA